CUGUCUCACCUGUCUCACUGCCCAGGACACGAUGCCCGAGGUGCGCCAGAGCUCCUUUGCCCUGCUGGGGGACCUGACCAAGGCCUGCUUCGUGCACGUCAAGCCCUGCAUCGCCGAGUUCAUGCCCAUCCUGGGCACCAACCUGAACCCCGAGUUCAUCUCCGUGUGCAACAACGCGACCUGGGCCAUCGGCGAGAUCUGCAUGCAGAUGGGCACGGACAUGCAGCCCUACGUGCCCCUGGUGCUGCAGAACCUGGUGGAGAUCAUCAACCGGCCCAACACGCCCAAGACGCUGCUGGAGAACACGGCCAUCACCAUCGGCCGCCUCGGCUUCGUGUGCCCGCAGGAGGUGGCGCCGAUGCUGCCGCAGUUCAUCCGGCCCUGGUGCACCUCGCUGCGGAACAUCCGCGACAACGAGGAGAAGGACUCGGCCUUCCGCGGCAUCUGCGUCAUGAUCGGGGUCAACCCCGGGGGCGUCGUGCAGGAUUUCAUUUUCUUCUGCGACGCCGUGGCCUCGUGGGUGAGCCCCAAGGACGACCUGCGGGACAUGUUCUACAAGAUCCUGCACGGGUUCAAGGCUCAGGUGGGCGCUCAGAACUGGCUCCAGUUCUCGGAGCAGUUCCCGCCCCUGCUCAAGGAGCGCCUGGCGGCCUUCUACGGGGUCUGAGGGGAAAAACAGGUCGGAGCCCGUCGGGGACGGCGCCGGGAGGGCCCCGUGGAGCCCGGGGGGGGUCCCGGGGGGGGGUCCCCGGUACCGGGGGGAUCCCGGGGGGGUCCCGGGGGGGUCCCGGG